GCACCGCCGGCCGCCCUGCUCCCUGUCCGCCCUCCACCGCUCCCCUCCCCCUCCCACCACCGCCGCCAUGGACGGCUGCGGCAACUGCAUGAAGUAUUCCUUCGGCUUCAUAACCUUGCUGAUCUUUAUCGGGGGCGGGGCGUUGCUGGGGAUCGGCAUCAGCUCGCUCGUCCAGGACGGCUCGCAGGUGGAGCACCUCAUCUCCAUCGAGCUGUACCAGGGCACGGCCAUUCUCAUCAUCGUGGCCGGCAGUCUGAUCGUGCUGGUCAGCUUCCUCGGAUGCUGCGGCGCCUUCCAGGAGAGCAAAUGCCUGCUAGGCACGUUCUUCUGUCUGGUGUUCAUCAUGUUCGUGUUGACUGGUGCCGCUAUCGUCACUGGCUUCGUGGUGGGCUCCGACAGCAUUCUUGACAGUGUCGAAACAGAGUUGAGAGAGAGCAUUCAAUACUACAAAUCGAAGGAAGCGGUAAAGGACGCGUGGGACGCCUUGCAGAAAGCCUUCGAAUGCUGUGGCGUAGACGGUCCCGAGGAUUGGACAAUUCCUCCGCAGUCCUGCUACAAGGAGGGAAGCAAGAAGCCCUUCGUUAAUGGAUGUCUCCACGAUGUGAAGGAUUUCAUCGAUAGCAAUGGCAAGCUGAUGGGGGGAAUCGGGAUCGGCGUGCUGGUGCUGUUGCUGCUGUCGAUGAUCUUCUCGUGUGCCAUCAUGAAGUCGAUCCAUUGAGUGGCAGUGGAUCGGGAAAUAUAUCUUGAUGCGACACUGGCUGAAUUCCUUUCACAGCUCAGCUACUUAUUCGGCGAUAUUGACGGCAUGCAUGCAAAUGCAUGCAACGGAUGGUUUGGCCACUUGCUGCUCCCAAGAUGGGAAUUUCUCUCACCUUUCCCAGGCGACGGGACCUCACGGACCUGCCUUUUGCAUCCAACAAAUCAUACAUGUCUUGCCAAUUGUGUCAUGCAGCGUGAGGCAAUUCCCAGGGGUAUAGACACAUCCAGUUGUUCAUGUGGGCACUAACAGCCUGGUUGAGGAAGUGCAAGGGAUCACUGUCGGUAAGCGGUAGUGUACGCGACCGUUUAAGUUCAAAUUACGCCAGUGUAUUGCCCGCGGUCGUCACGGCAUGGCGUUAUACUAUGCUCAGAACGAACAGGAAUGCGCGCGUGCUGUUCAUGGGGUCCGCGCAAAAAUGCAGCACCUUUAAGGCUAUCAAUCACGGGAUGUCGUUUUGUACUAUAUUGGGUUCACUGAUACAUGCCACGAUAUUCGACUGGGUCCCCAAAGCCCAUCUGCCCCCUCCCCCAAUGUUGAAAUACAAGUGCAUGCAAAAUCCUACAAAUGUGAAUUAACUGGAUCGAAGUUAACAAUAUAGCCAAUAAUAAAUACUUCCCAGAAAACAGGAACCACAAGCACGUAACUGCACAUUGAACACAUGCUUUUUGCAGGCGAAAGAAAUGCACCUACACAAUUUCUACUACAUCACCUUUCCAUUCAGAACAGUGUCUCUAGGUUGCUAGUUAUUCACCUCAGAUUCCAGGUGGGGAUUUCCAGCCAUUUGCGUAGGAAUCCGUUGUGAAAGAUUUACUUUAACGGGCUUAUCCUGUCCUGCGUAAGGCUAGGAAGAUACACUUAAGGAAAUCACACAUAUGCACGAUCGUGCAUUUCAACAGCAAACAGGCAGUUUCUGCUGUAAAGUAAAUGGAUGUGUAAGUGGACCCAGUGAAGUAAGUGGAUGUGUGGUCAGUGUUCAUCGCUGCCACAGGGGUCCUUAGUACAACCGCAGCAGGGGAUCCCCUGGCACAGCUGAAACAGGGCAUUGGCCUCAGCGGAUCGGCGGCGAGCAGAAGUAUUGGACGUAGUCUUUUAAUUAAACGGGGAGACAGAACAUGCACUUUUUACUGUUCAACAUGUUCGUUCCAAAAGUGUCUGAGCCUAUUUUGGCGUGGAGUUGCAUUCAUAUUACAGGGUAGAGGUGGAACCCCCGUCCUUUAAUGUAAGUCCAAUUGGACUUGGCUUAUGGGCAUCAUGAUAUCAUGGAAAAGUCAUGAAUAACAAUUAAAUCAAGUGUUUUCUUAUUCUACUCAAGGGGAUAAGUGACCACACGUUUUUGCCGAAUGGUAUGGCUUGUCAAAGCUCCAAUGUUUAUACGACGUUACAUAAUCAUGCAUUGUGUACAACUUCGAAGUAUAGCGAGAUGAGUUCAUAAUGCGGUUCAGCAAGAAGUGUUUUUGGAGAAGUGGUACAGCAAUGCGUUAAUGAACAGAUGAUAAGAGACUGACAAGAUUGACGAUGGAGUGGGCAAUCAAGAGAAAAAAAUGUGAAAACGUGUGUUGUUGGCUUAGGGCUAUGUCCGCUUUUUAUGACAUUGUAUACAUAUAUCUAAUAUUUCAGAGAUGUAUAUAGAGUAUGUCCUAGGCGUUUGUGUACGUUGUGCCGGGGAAAAGGUUUUGACCUGAGAAUUUGGGUAUGUACUCUGUGAAAUGCAUUUUGUGGCUGAAUGUCUUGAAUGUCGUUUUAGAAGGGUUCGAUCUAGUGGUUCACUGUCUAUAGUGUUGGUCAAUAGCGUUUAUGUUGCGUCUAAACAGUCCUGUACCAUAUCAAUAUCGUGUUGUAACCACAACCUAUGAUCCUCGUUGAAGAAAGGGCUUUUCACACCCUAACCCUUUGUAUUCUGUUCGUCAAGCAUGAUUUCAGCCAGAAUAGAACAGUGUCGGAUAAA